AUGAACCAAAAUAGGGUCUUCAGAGCCAGCCUGCCGGGGGACAAGUACUUCACGAGGGCCCUCAAUCACUACAGGCAAAAGUUCUCCAACGGGGUAGCCUUCGUGGCCGCUUCGGACGACAUGGCCUUCGUCAGGCAGAGACUUGGCCAUCAUCCGGAUGUGUACUUCUCCAAAGGUGCAUCUCCUUUCGAGGACAUGGCGCUCCUCUCGUCCUGCAACCACAGCAUCGUCACCCUGGGCAGCUUCGGUUUCUGGACGGGGUACCUGGCGGGGGGGGAGGUCGUCUACCCGGACGUCCACUUGUAUAGAAAUUACAGGUUUUCCAGAGCCAUGUUCCAGAGCUCAAACCUCACCAAUUUUAUUCCGGUUUCUGCUGACUAGCCCAUUUUUAUGUACAGAAAACGAAAUAAUUGUGAUUAGCAGACAAUCAAAAAUAUUUUUUAUAUGUAAUAAUGUGACGGAAGAAAAUGAAA